GUCACACACCAUUACAGCAAAGCAAAGCAAAACCUCUCAAGAACAUAAAGCCAGAAGCUGAUCCGAGGAGGAAGAGUACAAGAACAGCACGGUAAAUCAUUCCAUCAAGCCAGUAAGCUAAAUGAGGCCAGGAGCAGGGUUCAAUGCGACGGCGGCGGCGGCGGCGAAGGCCGUGGUUGCCCCCGCGGCUUUUGACAGCGCCGCGCAUUCCGCGUGGCACUCGCCGGUACCGUACCUCUUUGGCGGCCUGGCCGCGAUGCUGGGCCUCAUAGCCUUCGCGCUCCUCAUCCUCGCGUGCUCUUACUGGAAGCUGUCCGGGUACCUGGAGCGCGGGGCCGGCCGCGGCGACGAGGACGGUUCCGCCGCCGAUGGCGGGAAGCCGUCGGCAUCGGACCUGCCGCCGCCGAUAUGGGAGGAGAAGAUACUGGUCAUCAUGGCCGGGGACGUGAAGCCGACGUACCUGGCCACGCCCAUGUCUAGCAGAGCGUCCUCCUUUGUAGACCGUAGCAACAAGGGCGACGAGGAGGAGAAGAACAAGGUGCAAGAAGUCGCUUUGGCAAGCAUCAAGGAUGCUGAGGGUGGUGAGCACAGUGAGAGCCGGAGAGAGAGAGGAACACCACAUCCCUGAGCUGUGUGUUUUACUCUUCAGUUGUUUAGUUCUAGGUUUCUUUUGGUUUUCCGGCUCGGAAUCGUUGGCGAGAGGCCGAAACAGAACGACGAACAAUUUUGUCUUGGUUUGCUCAGAGAAGUGAAUCAAUUUGAUGACGCCGAAAACCAUCU